CGCCGGCCGGCAAUAAAAACGCACACGUAACCGUACGCCGGCAGCUGAGAGUCGUGUAGCGCGCGCGCCCAAGUAACAAACCGCGGUGUCGCGUAACGGAGUAACGCGUGGUGCGUGUGGUGCGUGUGGUGCGCGGUGUGUGGUGUGUGGUACGCGGCGCGUGGUGCGUGCGGUGAGUGCAGUGCGUAUUACGCGUAUUAUAUUGUGCGGUGCGCGCCCGGUAACGUGCGGUAUACGCGUGGACGAUGAACCGCGCGUAGCCGCCACUGCAGCGGUCGCCGUCGUCGGACCGGACCGCCGCCGGUGGUGACCGCUACCGUGGUUGUGCAGCGGCGCCGUCAUGGAACGGAAACGGAGCGGCCGGCGGUACUACAACAAGCGGAAAAAGACGUGGACGCAACAGUGCAAGGACUACUUGCGGCAGUUCAUUGCGUUCCUGUUCAGCAACAUCGGCAUCAUUUGCCUGGUGGUCGGCUACACGAUUGCAGGCGCGUUCAUGUUCAUCUUCAUCGAGGGUGCGCCCGGCAACGCGAUAGCGGUCAUCGACCGGGUGGGCGCGAACCGCAGCGGCACGGCCGACAGGAUCUGGGACAUGGUGUGCUGCAACGCGUACUGCGAGGACGAGUGGAAGCAAGAGGUGCAGGUGCAUCUCCGGUCCUUCCAGAGUCACGUCAUCGAGGCCGUCCGCAACUUUAGCUACGAAGGCCCCAACAAGCAGAUGACCCGAUGGUCGUUUUCCGGAUCGUUCCUCUACUCGCUGUCCGUCAUCACCACCAUAGGCUACGGGAACGUGACUCCGCGGACGCUUCUGGGCAAACUGGCCACCAUAUUGUACGCAAUUGUGGGCAUGCCUUUGUUUCUGCUGUACCUGUCCAACAUCGGUGACAUACUGGCCAAGAGCUUCAAGUGGAUAUACGCGAAAUGCUGCCUGUGCCGGAACUGCAAGAAACGCCGAAAGCGCAUGUUGGCCAUACAGCGGAAGGAACAGUGGAAGAUGGAUAUGCGAGACUUCAAACUGAACACCGGCGUGCUCACCGAGGGCGAAGAGAGCGACGACGAGGGCACGACCGACGGAAGUUCCUCGUUAAGCUUCAACGACACGCAAGAGGUUACCGUGCCCAUCUCUUUGUGUCUAACCAUAAUGGUCGGGUACAUAUCCGGAGGCGCCAUAUUGUUCUCCAAGUGGGAGUCCUGGGAGUUCUUCGACGGGUCGUACUUCUGCUUCAUAUCGCUGAGCACCAUCGGGUUUGGUGACUUUGUGCCGGGCAACAGUAUCACCGGCUCCGGUACCAGCCUCGGUACGGGCACCAAUACCGGUACCGGUACGGGUCCUGGUAACCGAUCCAGCGCCGGUACCGUCAUCGAGCUGAGCUUCAUACUGUGUUCCAUGUACCUGAUGCUGGGCAUGGCCCUGAUCGCCAUGUGUUUCAACCUGAUGCAACAGGAUGUCGUGAUGAAAAUCCGGACGUGCACGGACAUCGUUCGGAGGAUCAGCAGGUGUAAAAACUGAUCCAUGUAGCGUACCCAGAGAUCAUCGUUCAGGAUGGGUACGAGCGAGUUCGGAGUCGUGUGCAUAACUGCCAUGGUGUACCCACGCGGUUCGUAAUUUGUUAUUAAAAUAUUAUAUUACGCCGUUGUUGACCAAACGAACAUCAGAAGUCGUAUUCAGCUGCACUCGGACACCCGCUCUCGGGAUUCGACCAAACGUCAUUUUCCUGAAUUACCCGCGAACGCCGACGAAAACAGGAAUUACGGACGCCGAUUAUAUUUAGUUCAAUGCAUUUUUUAUUGUACUAUUUUUAGGUUUUUUUAAUGUAUUUUAUCUUUUUUUUUUCCCCGUUUUGUUUUGUUCCACUUACCCCCAUUCGUGUAAAUAAAAGUCAUUAUGUUUUACUUUAUGAGUUGAAUUUUAGUUUGCCGCGAGAAAUUAACAGUCUGACCAGCGUGCUCUGAAACAGAAACACAUUUAUCUUACCGUCAUAGGACAGGUAAUCUCGUACUCACUCCCUCCUCCUCCACGGUAAAACCGUGCGAUUUUCAUUUUCUCCGUGUUUCCGCGGUCUUUUAUACAUUUUACCCUUGUAUAUAUUAUUAUUAUUAUUAUUAUUAUUAUUAGUUUUACAAUAUUUCCGCAAUUCCGCGUAUAAUUCAUUACCAGAAAAUGCGUUAUUAAUUAGUGAGCUUCCGGGCCCAAAACGUCGUAUCAUUUGAGUGCAUGACAAAACAGAAAACAUCUCACUCGUGCCAAA